UUUGAAAUUGAAUUUGUUAUUUGACAAACUGAGGGUUUUUAGAUUUUAAAAUUUAAAAAUCGAUUUUAUUUUUAAUUUCAAGACUUUUAAACAAUAUUUAAGAUCAAAAUGAAUCAAGAAGAAAUCAAUCUAUUAAGCGGUAACAACUACUCGGAAAUCGCUCAAAUUUUAGAGAAAUUUAUAAAAACUAAUGAUAGCGUGUUCUUGUUUCCGUUUUUAUCGGAAAACAACAGAAGAGUCUCUCUCUGGGCUGCGUUAUUUCAACAUUUGCAGUCAAAGUCUUCAGAAUCCAUUCAUGUUUUGUGUUUGGGCACUAUCAAGUUGUUAAGCCGAGACAAAACUGAACUUGAAAACUUGAUCUGUGAGAAAUGGAUAAUAACACUCAUUGAGAAGGCUGGCUUGUUCAACUUUGUUGAUCCGGAUGACUCUAUGGAUGUUGAUAUGCCAGUGAAGGAGGUGGUGGUAGAGGCGUUGAAAUGUCUGUGCAACAUAACAUUUAACAGCAAUGAGGCUCGCGGGUUGUGUGCAUACACCAUUAUAGCGCAGGGAUUGGUUGCAAGGCUACGGUCGUACAAAGAAAUUCCAUUCAAAGAUGAUAUAAUGCUUUAUGACUUGAAACUUUUAUUUAUAUUGACUGCCCUGAGACAGGAUAUAAAGGCUAAAAUCAAAGAUGAAUUGCAUGGGAUGGAUUAUUUGAUUAGUUGUCUGAACGAGCUUGUCCUGGAGGCCUCUGAAUCUCAGUGUGAUGUGGCUGGAAGUAGGGAGGUGGUUGAAGAGGCCCAAUGUUGUUUUCUACAGGAUAACCAACAAGCUGUCGUGUGUGAGAUACUGAAGACCCAGUUCAAUUUGACAUUCCAAACUUCCGAGGACCCAAUUAGUGAGGCUGAGGAGACCAUGUAUCUUAGACUAAUGCCAGCACUCACAGCCCUGCUCUAUGCUCAAACCACUUCCCAGGAGUCAUUGAUGGAACUUCACAGCAAUAUUGCUAAUCUUUUGACAGGUGUGCCACCAGUGUUCUACCAGUAUCUAACUCCUGAGCUGAAUGACGGCGAACUAGCACACUGCACAUACGAUGGUAGGAACAUGGACGCAUUACAAGCACUGCUGCAGCUACUGCAGUACAGGCUGUCAGUCACUACAAACACCAAAAACCAAUACACAAACCUGUCUCCAAUACUCAUGGUGCUAAUAAAGAGCGCUCGCGGUUGCCGGCCCCAGCGCAAGUACUUGCGGCAGGUUGUUCUACCUCCUCUGAGAGACGUGUCUCGACCUCCCGAGGAAGGGAACACCCUCCGCAACCAGUUGUGCAGGUUGCUUACUACUCCUGUCACGUCUGUGAGGGACUUGGUUGCCGAGCUCCUGUUCAUCUUGUGCAAGGAGAAAGUGGGUCGCAUGGUGAAGUACACCGGCUUCGGCAACGCGGCGGGGCACCUCGCGCAGAAGGGGCUGAUGGGCGGCGCGCGCGGGCCCGUGCUGUACUCGUCCAGCAGCGAGGACUCCGACACCGAGGAGUACCUGCAGGCGCAGCCGCGCAUCGACCCGGUGGUGGGCUGCACGCGCCCGCCGCGGCAGAACCCCUUCGAGGGCAUGUCCGAGGAGCAGAAGGAGUACGAGGCCAUGAUGCUGGUGAACCUGCUGGACAAGAUGCUGACGGAGGGCGUGGUGCGGCCGGCGCGCAUCGGCGCCGACGGCCGCCCCGUGCCCAUCGACCACGUGCUCGACAUGCGCGACCACCCGCCCAACCGCCCGCAGUCGUAAACGACCAACCAGGGCCGGAUUGCUGCGCGCCCAAUAAGUUU